GCAUGUGUGAUCUAGAUGCCGAGGAUGGGUCUAUCGAUGGAAUCAAGAUGGCGACUCUGGCGAAAGCGCCAAUAUAUUUACUGAAGUAGAUGUCCCAAGUUAACCGCGGUAGCGGGUUUUCUCAAGCCCCUAAGGGGUUCCAUGAAACAUGAAGACUGGGAGUAUGUUUUGGAAGAGGAACUGAUCGGGAUUAAUACCGUAACAAAGUCAGCGAGAUGUGCGAGAGCUAUGCCCGCUCGCUGCUGCGUGUUUCGGUGGCGCAGAUCUGCCAGGCUCUGGGCUGGGAUGCGGUUCAGCUCACUGCGUGCGAUCAGCUGUCCGAUGUGCUGCAUCGAUAUAUCCAGCAGUUGGCCAGGGUCUGCCAUCGGUACUCUGAGCUCUAUGGACGAACAGAUCCAGUCCUGGAUGAUGUCAGCCAGGCUUUCAGACUGCUGGGGGUGAGUCUGAGUGAACUGGAGGAUUAUGUCCACAACCUAGAGCCUGUGCCCUUCGCCCAACAAACGCCGCUCUUUCCUGUCAGCAAAAACAACGUCCUGCAGUUCCCCCAGCCUGGAGCCCGGGAUGCAGAGGAAAGGAAGGAUUACAUUCCAGAUCACAUGCCACCUCUGGUCUCCUUACAAGAAGAAGAGGAGGAGGAAGAAGUCCUUGCUGACAUGGGCACCUCAGCCGAAGCUAUGCAGGUGGCACUGGAAGAAGAUGAGGAGGAAAUGGACGAAGAUGAGACGGUCAACGAUGAGAACCACCCACUGAAGAGGCACCUGGACAGUCCUGAUGCCGCUAUGGGUAUGAUGCCUACCACCAAGAGACCACGCAUGUACCCUGGCCUCAGCCCAGAAUGGGGGGUUGAGCCCAGGGAGCCCCUUACCUCUCUCAACGCUCAACGUGUUCCUCCAGGUAUUUUGCCUUCUCAUGAUAGCCUUGACCCCCUGUCACCUGAAACACCUUCUGGAGCCUUGCCUUCCUUCAGACCUCAGCCGGUAGCACCAAAACACUCUGAUCAAAAGGGCCUCACCACUCCAGGAAGAAAGCCUAAGGUCUCAUCCCCUGGCAGACAACGGACUAAGUCCCCUAAAGGGGUUAUUCCUGUUCCGGUGAGUUGUAGUCCCAUCCAUUCUCCAAAACCGUCUAAGGAAAAGAAGAAAUCCCCAGGGAGGACGAAGAGUCCUAAAAGCCCCAAGAGCCCAAAAAUGGGUUCAGGAAAAGCAUCCCACCCACAGAUUAAGACAGAGCUUGUGCAUAAGCUACCGCUGUCUGCGCUGAGUGAGAGGAUGGGCAAAGAGAACAUCCAUAUGCCUCAAAAUAUAGAGGACAGGGAGUUAGCUGAGGGCCCAUUCAAGAAACUAGAGCCUGAUAAUGCAGCCAUCGAUGACUCCAUUGAUGCUGUGAUUGCCAGAGCUUGUGCUGAGCGGGAGCCUGAUCCUUUUGCUUUCUCUUCGGGUUCUGAUUCAGAUAGCAAUGGAUUCUCCAGCCCCAGGAGGCUGACCAUAAUGGAGCCGGCUACACCUAAACUCUUGAUUGGGGGAAGCAUCUCUGUAAAAGACACGUCAACACCACUUCACCUACAGGCACACGCAGGCCUAGGAAAUUGGACUAUGGAUGAUUCUAUCAAUGAGGUGAUCCGAAAGGUCAACCAGGGGGAUCCGUCCGCUCCCCCACCGAACCAAGGAGACUGUGUCUCAUCGGGAUCGGCCUCACCACCUACUCCUGAACCUUUACUCAAGGUGUUUGAGGAGAAGAACAAGAUUGUGUCAUCAGUAGAUGUCAAGAAAAAGCUAAAAAAGGAGCUCAAAACUAAAAUGAAGAAAAAGGAGAAAGACAAGCCAAAAGACAAAGACAGAGAAAAGGAUAAGGGCAAGCUGAAAGAGAAGAACAAGGAUAAGAACAGGGAUAAAAACAAGGACUUUUCUAAGGAUGGCAAGCUGCUCUGGAAGGAGUUUGGAGUGAAGGAUGAUGAGCACUUCCUUCAGCGAGACUUUACUCUGCCUGAGGGCUCCAUCAAGAUAAAAACCAGAGAUGGAGAUGGCCCUAAGAAGGAGAAGGAGAAACACAAAGACAAAAAGAAGGAUAAAGAAAAAAGUAAAAAGGACAAAGAUAAGCGGGACAAGGGUAAAGACAGGAGCAAGGAUGACAGGCAGAAACAACCUGCUCUAGCCCCCUUUGCUCCGGGUGAAAUGCCACCACUGUUCAGCCCGUCUGCCUGCCUGCGCAUCCCCUCCAUGCUUCCUCCUUUGGCCCCGAUCCUCCAUGAUAAGGACAUUAAGAGCAAGGAUAAGGACAAGAAGAAAGACAAGAAGGAGAAAAAGAAAAAGAAAGACAAGGAGAAGGAGAAGGAGCGAGAGAAGGCCAAAGAAAAGGAGAGGGAGAAAGAAGAGAAGAGGAAAGAAAAGGAGAGGGAAAAGGAAAAACGAGAAAAGGAGAAAGAAAAAGAGAGAAUUCGAUUGGAGAAGGUGAAAGUAGAAACUCCAGCAGCUCUACCAUCUCCCGUCAUCCCCAGACUGACGCUCCGGGUGGGGGCAGGCCAGGACAAAAUUGUUAUCAGCAAGGUGGUUCCAAAUUCAGAGCCCAAGACGCCAGCACCUAAGACCCCAGUGGUCAAAUCUGGACCUGGGAAUCGCCCUCGGACGCCCCCACCAACCCCGGUACUCUGCCCAGUGGUACCCACUCUGCCCCCAGCUCCCACUCCACUUCCACCAGCGCCUGCCCCUUCAUCGUUGCUCUCCCCUGCCCCUUUACUCUCUCCCGCCGCAUCCUUCAAAACACCGGUCCGCAGCGUAGUAACUGAGACUGUCAGUACCUAUGUGAUUCGAGAUGAAUGGGGUAACCAGAUCUGGAUUUGUCCUGGAUGCAACAAAGCUGAUGAUGGCAGUCCCAUGAUAGGAUGUGAUGACUGUGAUGAUUGGUAUCAUUGGCCUUGUGUUGGGAUCCUUACAGCCCCUCCUGAGGAUCAGCAGUGGUUCUGUGUUAAAUGUUCCAGCAAGAAGAAGGACAAAAAACACAAGAAAAGGAAACACAAACUGCAUUGAGACUAUGCAACAAAAAAGCACAUAUUUUGGACUUUUUUGGACUUGAAGCCAUCACUGAACACUCGUGGCACUGCUGUAAAAUAAUAAUAAUAAAAAAAAAAAAGUUCAAAAUUGCAGCUGAUACUAACAUCUGAUGAUUUUUUUUUUAAUGAUGUCAGCCAUGAUGCAUUGUGAGUUGGUAAGAAAAAUGGCUUAAACCAGCACAUAUCCAGCCUUAGUUCUCAUGUGGUUUUCCCUUUUCACCUGUAAAUUGUUUACUUGUUGAUUUGGAUGUCCGGCCUUUGGAGAUCAUGACAAUUAUGUUUGUGUAAGGAAACCAUGGCAAUUUGUCCAAGAUGAGAGCUCAACAAAGCAGAGAAUCAGAGAAUAACUAACAUCCAUUGUCUUUAGUGCUGUUUUGUGGCCAUUUCUUUUGUGGCAACACAACAUGAAUGGCCACCAAGUCAAACCUUGACCCCAGUUUUUUGCAGUAUCACUGAAAUGUCAUGUAUAUAAUGAUGAUGGCAUCCGGUGUGUAUAAAUGUGUCAAUACCAACUUCCAAGCCAAGUACAUUUUGUUCUUAGGUAUUCUGACUUGUUAAAUCCAUUUUCAGAUAUUUUUAACUCAAAUGAUUUUCUGUAAUUUCUGUACAUUUUUUAAAUUUAAAGUUUGUAUUUUUAUUAUUUCUUCAUAUGGAUAUGUCCUGGAGUUAAUACUGUAGCUGUGCUUGUUAUGUAAUUCAUUUCGCUGAUAUUUCAAUAUUAAAGAUGAACAGUCUGUGUACUCACAGACUUUAAGAUGUAAAUCUCA